AUUGUCCGUUUAUAUUAUAUCUUUAAUAUUUACAAUAUAUCUUUUUUAAUUUUCUAAUUGUUAGUCCUAUUUAUGCCAAAUAUAUUCAAAUUGAAACAAUCGGACAUUUUCGACUGUAUUCGUAAAACAUCGUUGCCGAUAGUACUCAUCAUUAGACGAAAGGGGGAAACACGCUUCACAUAAACUAUAAAUGCACUGUGCGCACGUUGAUUUCGGUCAUUUUGCCUGGAGAUCUCCGGUUUGAUACGGAAAGCCCGCGAUUUUUAACAUCUGUGUUGAAAAAGCGUGUGUAUAACUUCGUUAUACGGUAGUUAUAUAUUAAUUAAAAUAUAACUAAUUUUUUACGGAGGCAUAAAAUAUAAACAAUCGUCGAUUGAAAAAAAACGAUGGCAGACUAUGUGAUCGGUGACACAAAACCGGCAGAUGUACCCCUACCGGACGAUGGACUUUCAGCAGGACAAUUAUUCACUACUGGUGAUGGUCUUACCUACAAUGACUUUAUUAUUUUACCGGGCUAUAUUGAUUUUACUGCUGACGAAGUUGAUUUAUUGUCGCCGCUGACAAAGAAAAUUAUGAUCAAAGCACCGCUGGUAUCAUCUCCUAUGGAUACAGUUACAGAAUCCGACAUGGCUAUAGCCAUGGCUCUAUGUGGAGGAAUAGGCAUAAUACAUCAUAAUUGUACACCCGAAUAUCAAGCUAAUGAAGUGCACAAGGUGAAAAAAUAUAAACAUGGUUUUAUUAGAGAUCCAGUAGUUUUAUCACCUAAUCAUACAGUCAAAGAUGUUCUAAAUGUAAAAGCUGAACAUGGUUUUUCUGGUAUUCCUAUUACAAAUACUGGAAAAGUUGGAGGUAAAUUAUUAGGCAUUGUAACAUCCAGAGAUAUUGAUUUUUUGGAAAGUACAACAAAUCAGCAAUACAUAAAAUUAAAAACAAUAAUGACAAAAUUAGAAAAUUUGAUUACUGCAACUGCUGGUGUAACAUUACAAGAAGCAAAUAUAAUUCUUGAAAAAUCUAAAAAAGGAAAACUUCCAAUUGUUAAUGAAAAGGGAGAAUUAGUAUCUUUAAUGGCAAGAACUGAUUUGAAAAAAAAUCGUAAUUACCCAAAUGCUAGUAAAGAUGAGAACAAACAAUUAUUAGUUGGUGCUGCUAUUGGUACACGCAAUGCUGAUAAACAGAGAUUACAACUUCUUGCUAUAGCUGGUGUUGAUGUAAUUGUUUUGGAUUCUUCUCAAGGCAAUUCUAAAUAUCAAAUUGAUAUGAUUAAAUACAUUAAAUCAGAAUAUCCAGAAUUGCAAGUAAUUGCAGGAAAUGCUGUAACAACUAUGCAAGCUAAAAAUCUUAUAGAAGCUGGAGCUGAUGCUCUAAGAGUUGGGAUGGGUUGUGGAUCUAUUUGUAUUACCCAAGAAGUUAUGGCUGUGGGAAGACCUCAAGCAACUGCUGUAUAUAAAGUUGCAGAAUAUGCAAGAAAAUUUGGUGUACCUGUUAUAGCAGAUGGUGGUAUUCAAUCUAUUGGGCACAUUAUCAAAGGUUUAAGUUUAGGGGCUAGUACUGUUAUGAUGGGAUCUUUAUUGGCUGGUACUUCAGAGGCACCAGGUGAAUAUUUUUUUAGCGAUGGUGUCCGUUUAAAAAAAUAUAGAGGUAUGGGUUCCUUAGAAGCUAUGAAUAGAAAAGAUGCACAAGGAUCAGCAAUGGAUAGGUAUUUUCAUAAUGAGAUGGACAAAUUAAAAGUAGCUCAAGGUGUUAGUGGUUCAAUAGUUGAUAAAGGAAGUGUUUUAAAGUUUUUACCUUAUCUAUUAUGUGGUAUUAAACAUGGAUGUCAAGACAUUGGAGCAAAAUCUCUCUCUACUUUAAGAUCUAUGAUGUAUAGUGGAGAAUUAAAAUUUGAAAGAAGAACACAUUCUGCUCAGCAAGAAGGAAAUGUUCAUAGUCUUUUUUCUUAUGAAAAGAGACUCUUUUAAAUAGAUAAAUAUUAAAUGAGCACCUUACAAAAAAAAAGAGUACCUGCAUUUAAUUGCAUAUAACUUUUUUAUGUUUUGGAUUAUGUGAAAUCACAUAUUUAGUUAUGGAUAAACAUGUACUUAUGCAAAAUUGUUUUGUGAAAAAAAUUAUAAUUGUUUUUAACAAUAGAUAAAUGAAAUUUAUUUCAUGAUUAUUUUACAUACGAAAAAAGUUAUUUAAAAAGAUUUUUUAUAAUAUACUUACGAAAAUUUUCAUGUGAAACAUGUAUAAAAUAUGUAUUUUAUAUAUUUGUAAGAAAAAUUCAUUUAUAAGAAAAAUGCAUUUUAUUGGAAAUCAAUUUUUAAAAAUCCUAUAUAUAUAAAUUUUACCAACUUUAUAAAAAAAAAUAUUCUCAUAUAUUUCUAUAAUACAAUUUAAUUUAUUAUUGCAUGUAUAUACAUGUAUGACAUAUUCUAUGUAGAUCAAUCAAUUUAAUUGAUAUAACUAUGACUGAAUUAUAUAACAAAAUAUAAAUAUAUUAUUGUAAUAUUUUUUUCUUGUUGUCUCUUUAUCUGAUUUAUUUUAUUAAAAUACACUGUUCAAAAAAUAAUAUUAAUAUUAUAUUUGGUUAAAGAAAUUAUAUGUAAUAUGUAAAAUCUAUAAUACAACAAGAAAAAAAUAAUUCAUAUUAAAAACAUUCAGAAAGGCCAAAUUAUGGGAACAUUAUUUGAAAAAAAUUUAAUCAGAAAUUAAUUAUUUAUUAGUUGAUUAUUCUCAUUCCUAUUGUAACAUGAUAUAAAAAAAUAAUUUAAUAGAUUCUAGUAGUUUGUCAUGUAAUUUAAUGUAAUUUAUGAAAAUAUAUUUUUCUGAUUCUGAUAAAACAAAUUCUCUUUUGAGAUGAAAGACUUAGGUCUAAGUACUUAAACUAAGUCAAUUAAUUUUGUAAUUUUAAAUAUGUUAAAAAAAUACAAUAAAAAAAUGAUAUCUAUUAUCGUUAGUCGCAAAUUUUAUACAGCUGUUACAAUUAAAUUGUAUAUUUGAAAUAAAGACCUAACUAAUGUUGAAA